CGUGAAACCGCGUCACCACGCUCCGUCUCCCUGUCGGCUUCUGCAAGGUCUGAGCUGCUAGAGCGGCGGUCACCUUAAGGGGGCCUCAGGGAGAGAGGAGCCGCGCUGCCGCCGCCGAAAGCCCCACCUCCGCGGCUCCGGGUCUCGGACCCGGUCAGAGUGGCGGCCGCAGGAAGCGGGCAGCGGCGGCGGCGGCGGCGGCGGCGGGCGGGCGGCCCGGCUUCCCCCGCUCGGUGCAGGGCCGGGAGGAGGGAGCCGCCAUAUUGGCGCCUGGCAGCCGCGGCGCGAGGCGGGAGGAGGCGGCGGCGGCCCCCGGCCUGGUCCGGGGAGGAGUCGGCUGCGCCGGGGCCCGCGAGGCCGGGGAGUGAAUGAGUCGCUCACGCUAGUCUCCUCCCCGCCCUCUCCCUCCACUUUCCGCCGCGGGGAUCGCGCCGGGAGGGGGCCCGGGGUUGGGCUGUGGCGGCGGCGGCGGCGGCAGGAUGUUCUCCAAGAAGCCGCACGGGGACGUGAAGAAGUCCACCCAGAAGGUGCUGGACACCAAGAAGGACGCGCUGACCCGCCUCAAGCACCUGCGCAUCGUCAUCGAGAAUGCUGAAUCUAUUGAUCUUAAGCAAUUUUUUGACCAACAUUUUUCACAUAUAUACUAUGUGUUCUUUGAGAAUUUUGUGACUAUCGAAGCUAGUCUUAAACAGAAAGGUCACAAAUCUCAGAGGGAGGAACUGGAUGCUAUACUUUUCAUUUUUGAGAAAAUUUUACAACUUCUUCCAGAAAGAAUUCAUCAGCGAUGGCAAUUUCAUAGUAUUGGAUUGAUCUUAAAGAAACUACUCCACACAGGCAACUCUUUAAAGAUCAGGCGGGAAGGUGUUCGCCUUUUCUUAUUAUGGUUGCAGGCGCUCCAAAAUAACUGUAGCAAAGAACAACUCUGGAUGUUUUCAUGCUUAAUCCCUGGAUUUUCAGCCCCACAGUCUGAACAGGGACCUCGAACUUUAGAUAAUCUCAUUAAUCCUCCACUCAAUCUUCAAGAAACUCAAGUCACUAUAGAGGAAAUUACUCCAUUGGUCCCUCCACAGUCAGGAGAUAAAGGGCAAGAUGAUCUCACCAGCUAUUUCCUUGAAGCACUUUUAAAAUAUAUAGUAAUUCAGGUAAAAAGUUUAGAAUGGAGGAACAAAGAAAACCAAGAAAGAGGAUUUUCAUUUUUGUUUUCACAUUUUAAAAAAUAUUACUUGCCUUAUAUUUUCCCAAACAUCUGUAAGGAAAACAGUUUAUAUCAUCCUGUACUUGAUAUCCCACAGAUUAGGCCAAAGCCACAUUAUGUCAUGGUUAAGAAGGAUGCUGAAACCAAUGAAGUGAUCUAUUGUACAAAGGAGCCUUUCAUUAAAGCCCGUGUUAUUGUUAUUCGUUGGCUGGUUUCUUUCUGGCUUGAACCAAAGCCACAUACAGGGCCUAAUAUUCCUGGGAUGGAAGGUGAAGUCUUGCCAAAGAAUAUUCAGAGAGCUGCUGCUAGCCUGGUGUCCAGAGAAGAAAACAGAAAUGAUAAUACGGACAAAACAGAUAGAGCUACAGAGCCAGAACAAUCCCAUUCCAAUACAAGCACUCUCACCGAGCGAGAACCUAGUUCAUCCAGUCUCUGUAGUAUUGACGAAGAACAUCUCACAGACAUUGAAAUAGUUCGCAGAGUUUUUUCUUCUAAAAGAAGUAAUGUAAACUUUGUUACAGAGAUAUUUCGUCAGGCAUUUUUAUUACCAAUUUGUGAAGCAGCAGCUAUGAGAAAAGUAGUAAAAGUGUAUCAAGAGUGGAUCCAGCAAGAGGAAAAACCUUUGUUUAUGCAAGAGCCUGAAGAAAGCGUGAUUUCUUCUUCAGACUUGCCUUGCAUGGACAGUGCCCCGGACCACGAGAUCUCAUUGGAGGAAGGAGAGAAAAGAGAAGAGGAAAAUGGGACCACUAUUAUUGAUCAUGUUCGAAAUUCUGUCUGGCCAAAAAAUGGUUCCUAUCAAGAUGUUCUUUAUAAUGCCUCCGAAGAAGUGACAGAACAAAACAUCAGAGCUGGUACCCAGGCAGUUUUGCAGGUGUUUAUUAUAAACUCAUCAAACAUAUUUCUACUUGAACCUGCAAAUGAAAUAAAAAAUCUCUUGGAUGAGCACACAGAUAUGUGUAAACGUAUUCUUAAUAUUUAUCGGUUCAUGGUUGUGCAAGUUUCAAUGGACAAAAAGACUUGGGAACAGAUGCUGCUUGUGUUGCUCAGAGUCACGGAGUCUGUCCUGAAGAUGCCAUCACAAGCUUUUCUACAGUUCCAGGGGAAAAAAAAUAUGACUUUGGCAGGUCGACUUGCAGGACCACUUUUUCAGACUCUUAUAGUUGCCUGGAUCAAAGCAAAUCUAAAUGUGUAUAUCUCCCGAGAACUUUGGGAUGACUUACUUUCAGUAUUGUCAUCAUUGACCUACUGGGAAGAGUUAGCCACUGAGUGGUCACUGACUAUGGAGACAUUAACAAAAGUUUUGGCUAGAAACUUAUAUAGUUUGGAUCUCAGUGACUUACCUUUGGAUAAACUGAGUGAGCAGAAGCAAAAAAAACACAAAGGGAAAGGAGUUGGACAUGAAUUUCAGAAAGUUUCAGUUGAUAAGUCAUUUUCUAGAGGAUGGAGUCGGGAUCAGCCUGGUCAGGCCCCAAUGAGACAGAGAAGUGCAACGACCACUGGCUCCCCAGGAACUGAAAAGGCAAGGAGUAUUGUGCGGCAGAAAACUGUUGCCAUGAGAAGCCGAUCCAUUGGUGAAUGUGCUCUGCCAUCGGCCUAUAUUCGCAGUGCUAAAAGUGCUCCUGUUCUGAUCCAUACUUCCAAACCCUUCUUGCCUGAUAUUGUUCUCACUCCCCUUUCUGAUGAGCUUUCAGAUAUUGAUGAUGCUCACAUACUUUCCCGCCCAACUAGAGUCAGACAUUUUUCACAAAGUGAAGAGACUGGAAAUGAAGUCUUUGGUGCUUUGAACGAGGAGCAGCCUUUGCCUCGAAGUAGCAGCACUUCUGACAUCUUGGAACCAUUCACUGUUGAACGAGCCAAAGGUGCAGUGCCUGUCAUUGACAGUUCAUCCCGUCAUGCGCCAAGCUUGCAGAGUUCCACAGAGGCUUCUUCAAUAACUAGAUCCACUGAAAGCCACAUCACUGAUACUCAUAGUAGAGAGUCUUCUCUGGAAGUUGGUGAUAGCAUAUAUGACCACCUUUGCCAUUUAAUAGAUCCAGUAGAAUUCACAGAUUCAGCCUAUGAACAAAUUCAGUAUAUUGACCUUGAAGGAGAUGAUGACCUUCUUUCUUCCCUGAAAGAAUACUUUAAGGAAAAUCAUAGCAAAAAUGAGAUAGAUGCAGCUUCUCAGGAAGUGAUUAUUGCAGUAAGUAGGGAAGAAAGAUCACCCUCAGAUAAAUUAGAGCGCGUAGAUCAGGAAAGUAAAGCAGAAAAUACCACCUCUUUUGUUGGGACUCUUGAAAACAUGCAGCUUCAGAAAGAACCAAACUCAGCUGUCUUCACGAGUAAUACUGCACCUAACCAGUUAGACAGUUUUAUGAGAACAAAAUCUUCGGAAAAAUUGAAGCAACUAAACAGUGAGAAACAGUCACUGGAGCCUAGUGUCAGUAGCCUUUAUGAUAAAGAAAGGAGGAAACAUCUGCAUAGGCAAACGGCUACAGAAUUAGAUGCUUGUGUAGAUAUAAGACUAGUUGAAAAGGUAAAGGGUGUACAAAUUAAUGAAAAAGUGACUGUCCCACAUGGCAUGCAUGUCAAGAAAACUACAUUAAAAGCACCUGUUAGCCGCAGGGUGCCUCAUGUUACAAACACCAGUAAGCUUUCUCCAACUAAAAGGAGCUUGUCUGAAACUGUAACUCAUAGAGCCAAAAUCAUGAAAAUUGCUACUAAGAAACGAAAUAGUGUUCACGUUACUUUUAGACCAUCUACUGAGUCAGUUCAGUUUUAUAAUCCUCUUGAAAACAAAGAGGCUCCAUGGAAGAUGAGACUUCGGAAACUUAGUGGCUUUAGUAGUGGUAGCAGUAACAGCGUCAACAACCCCAGUGCCAGCUCAAAUACUCUUACAGAGCUAGUAAAACCUGGUGUAUACAGGCCUCUAGAUACAAUGAGCACUGCAUCAGCAAGUAGUAGGACAAUCAAGGAAUCUACAGAGAUUCCCACCACCAUAUCACAGAAAGAAGGAAUUGCAGGUAAUCAGUUAGGUAGUCGUAGUUCUCUUAGAUCAUCAAGUCAUGAGGCAGGACUACAGCAGGGCUCCCUGGGUGGCGUUUAUAAAACUGUUGUACAUGCUCUUUCGAAGCCGAAGGCAAAUGUUUCCCCACAGAGGCAGAACAGAAUGCCACCAGAGGCGCCACUGAGGGAUCUGUACAGUCAUGUAAUGGGCUAUUUUGGAAGGAAAGCUGCAGCCAAUAAAGAGGACAUGAGCCCAAAACUGUCCCCUCUUAAUAGUGAUAUUGGCAGCAGCAGUGCUAAUGUUCCAGAUCUGAUGGAUGAGUUCAUAGCAGAACGACUUCGAAGUGGUAACGCCUCUACUAUGACAAGAAGAGGAAGUAGUCCAGGCAGCCUUGAAAUUCCCAAAGACCUCCCUGAUAUUCUAAACAAGCAGAGCCAGAUGCGCCCAGUUGAUGACCCAGGUGUGCCUUCAGAAUGGACUUCUCCCGCCAGUGCAGGGAGCAGUGAUCUUAUCAGCUCCGAUAGUCAUUCGGAUUCGUUCAGUGCUUUCCAGUAUGAUGGCCGAAAAUUUGACAAUUUUGGAUUUGGAACUGAUAAUAGAAUUGUGUCUACUGCUGAUGUAGAUUCAGCAUCUGGUCAUCAUCACAGUGCUGAGGAGCAGGAAGUGGCUAGUCUAACCACACUUCACGUAGAUUCUGAAACCAGCAGUCUUAAUCAACAAGCUUUCUCUGCUGAAGUUGCAACAGUCACUGGUUCUGAAUGUGCUUCCCCAGUUCCUUCGGCACUGGGGUCUAGGUCGCAGACACCUUCUCCUCCCACACUGGAUAUAGAUCAUUUGGAACAGAAGGAGCUACAGCUCGAUGAGAAGCUCCAUCACUCUGUUCUACAGACUCCAGAUGACCUAGAAAUCAGUGAAUUUCCAUCUGAAUGCUGUAGUGUGAUGGCAGGAGGGACUCUCACAGGAUGGCAUGCCGAUGUUGCUACAGUGAUGUGGCGAAGGAUGCUAGGCAUUUUGGGAGAUGUCAACUCCAUUAUGGAUCCCGAGAUACAUGCUCAGGUUUUCGACUACCUCUGUGAACUUUGGCAGAAUCUAGCUAAGAUUAGAGAUAACCUCGGCAUUUCAACUGAUAACCUGACUUCCCCUUCUCCACCAGUUUUAAUUCCUCCACUUAGAAUUCUUACGCCUUGGCUUUUCAAGGCAACCAUGUUGACUGAUAAAUAUAAACAAGGUAAAUUACAUGCUUAUAAACUUAUUUGUAACACAAUGAAAAGAAGACAAGAUGUUUCUCCAAAUAGGGAUUUUCUGACACAUUUCUACAAUAUAAUGCAUUGUGGAUUACUUCAUAUUGAUCAGGAUAUUGUCAAUACAAUCAUCAAACACUGCUCACCUCAGUUUUUUUCACUUGGUUUGCCUGGUGCCACAAUGCUUAUUAUGGAUUUUAUUGUAGCAGCUGGUAGAGUGGCUUCUUCAGCUUUUCUCAAUGCGCCAAGAGUAGAAGCACAAGUUCUUCUUGGGUCUCUGGUUUGCUUUCCCAACUUAUAUUAUGAACUGCCUGCUCUCCAUCCCAACAUUCCUGACAUUGCAGUGUCACAGUUUACAGAUGUCAAGGAGCUUAUAAUCAAAACUGUAUUGAGCUCUGCAAGGGAUGAGCCCUCUGGUCCUGCACGAUGUGUAGCACUUUGCAGUUUAGGUAUUUGGAUUUGUGAAGAACUGGUCCAUGAAUCACAUCAUCCUCAAAUUAAAGAAGCUCUGAAUGUGAUCUGUGUUUCAUUAAAGUUCACUAAUAAAACAGUAGCCCAUGUAGCUUGUAACAUGCUUCAUAUGCUGGUUCACUAUGUACCCAGGCUUCAGAUUUACCAGCCUAAUUCUCCCUUGAAAAUUAUUCAAAUCCUGAUAGCCACAAUUACCCAUCUUUUGCCAAGUACAGAAGCUUCAUCUUAUGAAAUGGACAAGAGGUUGGUGGUAUCCUUACUCCUGUGCCUUCUGGAUUGGAUCAUGGCCUUACCGCUGAAGACACUGCUCCAGCCAGUUCAUGCUACAGGGUCUGAAAAUGAUAAAAUAGAAAAGUCUGUCCUUAAUUGCAUUUACAAGGUGCUGCAUGCAUGUGUAUAUGGAGCUCAGUGCUUCAGCAACCCAAGAUAUUCUCCAUUAAGUCUCUCUGACCUGGCAUCUGUGGACUAUGACCCUUUCAUGCAUUUGGAGAGUCUCAAAGAACCCGAACCUUUGCACUCUCCUGAUUCAGAACGGUCUUCUAAACUCCAGCCAGUAACAGAAGUGAAAACACAAAUGCAGCAAGGAUUAAUCUCUAUAGCUGCCCGCACUGUUAUUACACAUCUAGUAAAUCAUUUGGGCCAUUAUCCAAUGAGUGGUGGACCUGCUAUGUUAACAAGUCAAGUGUGUGAAAAUCAUGACAAUCAUUACAGUGAAAGUACUGAACUUUCUCCUGAACUCUUUGAGAGUCCAAAUAUACAGUUCUUUGUGUUGAACAAUACAACCUUAGUGUCCUGUAUCCAAAUAAGAUCGGAAGAGAGUAUGCCUGGAGGUGGCUUAUCUGCUGGCCUGGCAUCAGCCAAUUCAAAUGUCAGGAUCAUAGUGCGUGAUCUUUCUGGAAAAUAUUCAUGGGAUUCUGCCAUCCUGUAUGGACCACCUCCUGUAAGCAGCUUGUCAGAACCUAACUCUCUCAUACUGUCAUUGGCUCGCCAAGAGAAACCUGAAGAACCUCCUACAUCUAAUGAAUGCUUAGAAGACAUAACAGUAAAAGAUGGGGUUUCCCUCCAAUUUAAAGGGAGGUUACGAGAAACUGUACCAACUUGGGAUACAAUACGAGAUGAAGAAGAUGUCCUUGAUGAGCUUUUGCAAUAUUUAGGUGUAACUAGUCCUGAGUGCUUGCAGAGAACUGGAAUCUCACUUAAUAUCCCUGCUCCACAACCUGUGUGCAUUUCUGAAAAACAGGAAAAUGAUGUUAUUAAUGCUAUCCUGAAGCAGCAUACAGAGGAAAAGGAAUUUGUUGAGAAGCACUUUAAUGACUUAAACAUGAAAGCUGUGGAACAGGAUGAACCAACACCUCAGAAGCCUCAGUCAGCAUUUUACUACUGCAGAUUGCUACUUAGUAUAUUGGGGAUGAAUUCCUGGGAUAAAAGGAGGAGCUUUCAUCUCCUGAAGAAAAAUGAAAAACUCCUUAGAGAACUUAGGAACUUGGAUUCCAGACAGUGCCGAGAGACCCACAAAAUCGCGGUAUUUUAUGUUGCUGAAGGACAGGAAGACAAGCAUUCCAUUCUUACUAAUACAGGAGGGAGUCAAGCAUAUGAAGAUUUUGUAGCUGGCCUUGGUUGGGAGGUAAAUCUUACAAACCAUUGUGGCUUCAUGGGAGGACUACAAAAAAACAAAAGCACUGGACUGACCACACCAUAUUUUGCUACCUCUACAGUAGAAGUAAUAUUUCACGUGUCAACACGAAUGCCUUCUGAUUCUGAUGAUUCCUUGACAAAAAAAUUGAGACAUUUAGGAAAUGAUGAAGUACACAUUGUUUGGUCAGAGCAUACUAGAGACUACAGAAGAGGAAUUAUUCCUACAGAAUUCGGUGAUGUCCUGAUUGUAAUAUACCCAAUGAAAAAUCACAUGUUCAGUAUCCAGAUAAUGAAAAAACCAGAGGUUCCCUUCUUUGGUCCACUUUUUGAUGGUGCUAUUGUGAAUGGAAAGGUCCUACCCAUUAUGGUUCGAGCAACAGCUAUAAAUGCAAGCCGUGCUCUGAAAUCACUGAUUCCAUUAUAUCAGAACUUCUAUGAGGAGAGGGCACGAUACCUGCAGACAAUUGUCCAGCACCAUUUAGAACCAACGACAUUUGAAGAUUUUGCAGCACAGGUGUUUUCUCCAGCUCCCUACCAUCAUUUACCAUCUGAUGCAGGCUCCUACCCAGAGAUUCUACCCAGUGAAACUCCCACAGCAACGCAGGUAGAUGGGGCUGACCUGGCCUCUCCAAUGUCUCCUCGAACUAGCAAAAGCCGAAUGUCCAUGAAGCUGCGUCGUUCCUCUGGCUCAGCCAAUAAAUCCUAAGGAGACAAGCAGCCCAGCAGUGACCAGCAGUGGCCACCUUAGCAUGAACAUAGUGUUAACCCUUUCAGGCUUGCAUGUUCUUUCCUGAACAUUUACUUUAGAAAACACUGGACUUAAAUAAUUUAUAACUUCCAAUUUUAGAUUUGGGUUGCUUAUUCAGUUGGAUUUUUGUUCCCUCCACACUCUUAAGCUGCCAUGUUAUGGGGGAGGGGUGGAAUUUUAUUCUACACCCUUUACUUUCCUAGAAAUUAUGUCUUAAGUUUUACUUUUAAUUUCAUGAUUAACUUUGAGCCAAAACAUAAUUGGACAAAUAGUCUCAUUUUAUUUAUUGUACCCUACUGUAGUUUCAUGAGUCAGCAGAUAUAUAAUUUCUUACAAAUGUAAAUUUUUUAAUGUAAGCAUUUGUAAAGUUACAACAAAAGUUGCAAAGCUGUUAAUACAAAGAAUAUGUAUGGUCUAUUUAUGUUACAAAUUAAAGAAAAAUAAAUUAUCUUUCAGCAUUUCAAAUUCCAACUCAAAUUAACUUUUUCUUCCCAAAGUGACAUAUCUUAGUUAAGCAGGGGAUGGCAUGACAUACCUAAUAACCAGAAAAAUCAUUGUGCUGAACUUUGUUUAGCUACCAGUUUUUUUUCUAGUGUUUUGCUUUUUAAGUGCUAUCACUGUUUAAAUGCCAUUUACAGUUUAAGAUUGUGGCCCACUAUGAUUGGCUGCUCGAUCCUGGUGUAUCUGUGUUCUCUGUAAAAUACCACAAAGGAAAAAAUGGGUGGAGGGAGGGAGGGAGGUUUUCUGAUACACUGUGUUACUUAAAUUAUGUGUAUUAUGAAAGCAAAAGGGAACAUGACCCAGGAGUCUAAAUCGGAUCUAAUAUGGUUAAUAUUGAACUUUCAGGUGCAGGUUGGUAAACAUUCCAUCCUCCAGAAGUAUUUUCCUAUAGUAGAUAAGCUGCUCAGAUUUUACUCACAUUUUGUUUUGAAUGGGCAUCUCCUAAGGAAAUGUAGCAUGACAUUGGUACUAACUGCAUGUGUAAAUACAUUAUACCAGCAAACUAUAACAUAUAAAUUAUGUAUUCAUGUAGUAUCUACAAAUUUGUAACAGUGGAAAGAUAAGGUAUUUAAUAAUACAAUAAAAUAUUCUUAUCACUUCAA